AUGAAAGCAAAUAAACAAAAAUCAAAAAACUUAAAAUUAGAACAAGAACAAUUUAUUGAAAUUGAAGAAACAAAGAAGAAUAACUAUAGAGAAUUAUUAAAGACUUCCUCACAACAAACAAAUAAACCAUUAAAUGAUAUAGUUUUAAAUUUUUUAAGUUCAAAUAAUAAUGCUCAACAAUUAAUUCAAAUUAAAAAACUUGAGGCUUCAUCAAAACUUUUAAAUAAUGGUAAAAAGGAAAUCAAUGAAUUUGAAACAGUUAAAAUUAUAAUCGACUUAAUAUACUAUGUUCAGUUUGUAAAUGGCUCAAAGAAUGCCUCUGCUAAUAAAUCAAUGUCUCAAGUUAUCAACUCUAUUCUAUUAACAGGAAAUAAAGAUUUGGUCGAUUUAGUAAAUGAAAAAACAGCAGAAUCUUUAUCAAAACUUUUAGAUAACAACUAUAAAUUAUCAAGUGUGAUUUUCGCCAUUAGCUUUUUGGUAGAUAUUUCAAAUUUAGUAAUUCCACAAGAAAAUAUCAACACCUUCAAAUUUAUCAAUAUUAUUCAAGAAAAGUUAUCUCAAUAUUGUUCAAAUUUAGAAUUAUCAUCAAAUACUGAUACUUUAACUUUAUAUGACUGUGAGCAUACUCUCAGAGGUUUAGUAAUAUUAUUCAAUAGAUUUUCAAAUAUAAUUAGAAUAAAUUUAUUAGAAAAUGUAAAUAGCAACAACAACUCCAAUGAAAAUUUGGUUUUCAGAUCAAUGCAAUCACUUUCAAAACAACUUGAAAGAAUUUUAUCAAACUCCACAUUCCCACGUCAAUUAGGAACCAAUGCAGGUUAUUUAGUUUCUGAAAUUAUUAUACUUUAUUCAAAUGAUACCGAAUCAUCACAAAAACAAAUUUUAUCAUCACUCACUAAAUCCGAUGAACCAUCCAACACCAGUAUUUUAGACAUUUUAAAUCAAAGCGAAAAUUCAUUCUACUCUAAAUUUAUUAAAUUCCCUGAAAUUAAUCAAAUUUCAAUUUUAAGAGGUUUAUGUUUAACUGGAAAUAUUUAUUCAUCAUUAACAAAACCAAUUUAUAAUAAAUUAAAUGAAAAUAUUUUUUUAAAUAUUAUCUAUAAAGGAAUUUGCGAAUAUAGUAUUGGAUCAGUUGAUCAACACAAUAGAUUUAUUUCAUUAGAAUAUUUUGACCUAUGUUUAUCAAAAAUUAAAGAAUGGUUAGUAAUUUUAGAACAAGAAAAAACAUUUAAAAAAGAAGAUUUAAUUCAAAAUAUUUUCCCAAAUUUAAACAACUAUGAAGAUUUCUUUAAAAACUUUUUCAAUAUGGGUUUAGAGUUGGUAUGGAGAAAUUGGGAAUCAACUAUCAAUAAUAUUUCUACUUUAGCAACAGAAGUUUUUGAUUUACUUUUGACCAUCCAUUUCAAGUGCUGUGACGUUAAUACUGAUAAUUCAAACUCAUCAUUAUUUAUUAAAAAUAUUACAAUUAGAUUAAUUGACGAAGAUUGGUAUCAAAAGAACAAAUACAUUUUGUUAAAAUACAUUUUAGAAAGAGUUGGGGCCAUUUUUAUGAUCAAUUUAAGAGGCAAUUUUUUAAAAAAUAUUUUUUCAGCAAUGAUAGAUCAUACCAUUUGCAACUCAGUUAGAGUAUUUUUAGAGCUAUUUAUUGAACAAUUAAAGUUAGAUUUCAAACCAACCAACGAACCAAAUAUGGAGGUAAAAGAAGGCGAAUUAACUAAAAUCGAACAGUAUUGGAUCUAUCCAUUAUUAGAAGUUUUAACAGAAACCGAUAGCGUUACAUCAUCCAGAAUUAUAGUUUAUGCAUUACCAGUACUCUUAAAAGUUUUCCCAGAAUCAUUAUUCAAAAUUUUAGAUAUUUUAAUCAAUAGAAGUAGUGGAGCCAAUCAAGAUCUAUUUAAUAAUAUCAACUACAACAUUCGUCUUAGAAUUUCACUUGCUUUAUUAAACUCCUCAAGACAAUUAUCAUUAAUUGAUGGCAGAAAAUUACAAUCAAAAUACUACGACUUAAUAGAAAAAUCACUUCAAAAUCAAGAUGAGUCCUUAAGACUUUUAGGCUUAGAGUUGGUUUGCGUUAGUCCAAAACAAACUGAAAGAGUUACAAUUCGUGAAUUAAAAUUAAUCAAAAACUUUAUCUUACUUAAUCUCAAAGGUAGCUCACCAUUCAUUAGAAAUCAAUCAUUAUCAACUCUAUUCAGAUUCUGGUUAAGAUUAAGAGAAAGCUGUUGUAAAGUCUUUAGAGCUCAAAGUAACACCAAUAUCUCAAUUGAAAAAGAUGAUGCCAAUGCCAGUGCUGACGAUCGUUAUAUGACCAUCGAAGAUCUCAUCGAUUACAUUAACUGGAGUUGCCAAUUAUUUACCUACAAUAUUUAUCCAGAUGCCCCAUUCCCAAGAAAAAUGUUACCACUCGAAGCUUUUAGCCAAUUUGUAGAUAUUUGGAGCUCAAAAUGUAAUAAUACACCAGAAAAGAAAUCACUUUUCGAAUUUUUAGAAUACGUCGAAAAGAAAUCUGUUUUACUUUAUAGCAGAGAAUCAACAGAAAUCCUCGUCAAUAAUCUUUGGGAUAAUUAUGAUAGAUGCAGAGAAGUUUCAACAGAUAUUUUAUUAAAAUUCCCAUCACCACUUCCAGGAAUGGAAAGUGAAGAAAAAAUCAUUCCAUUCCUUUUAUGGGCCGUUAAACUUGCAUGCAGUCCAAAAGCUAGAGAGUGUGAUACUGGUGCCUUUGCUCUUAAACUUUAUUUAAAGAAAUAUGUUAUUCCAAACGGUUUAGUACCAAUCUUCCACUCAAGCACUACAAACCCUGUUACAUUUACAACCCAUUCAGAUAUCAACACAGCUAUUCUUGAAUUUAUCUCCCAAAUUCUUCGUAUCUUAAAAUCACAAACUAGAAUUGCCAACAAGAGUCUUUUAGAGGCCGCUAAAUUUGCACCAAUGCAUGGUUUAAUUCUUUCACUCCGUUAUGUUCUCGCAGAAAUUUCAUUCCAAGAUAUCAAUAAAAAUCCAGAGCAAAAGAAACAAUGGAAGAAUUUAGUUGCAGAAAUUAUUGAAUUAAUGAAAUUGGUUUCAGGUAUUGUUUUAAGAGUUGUUGCUGAUUUAGCACCAGAAGGUAAUAAUCCAAACCAAGCUAAAUUAGAACAGAACGAUAAUUUACCAAACUCACUUCCAAGUGGUGUUAUUUACGAUGACGAUGAAAGAUUAGCAAACAACUUUGCAUCAUCUGUAUCCAUGGCCGAUGAAGAGUUUGAAGACAAUGAGGACCAAAAUGACGAAGAAGAAGAGGAAGGUGGCGAUUUAUCAGAGGAAGCAGCCAAAUCUGGUCAAAACUUACAAGGUGGUGUUGGUCAAAUUAUUACAGUUUGUUCAUGGCAAUGUACCAAACAAAUUAGUUUAGUUUUAGGUACCAUUUUAGAUAGAGUUGAUAUGCCAUCAAAAGAAAGCGAAGAUAGUCAAAGUAUUAUUACCACUCAACAAAUUGAAGAUAUUGGUGACCAAUUCUUUACUAUUCUCCUUCAAUCACGUCAUAAAGGAGCUAUUGAAAAGACCUACCUUGGCUUCCAAGUACUUUGCUCAACUCUUAUGAAAUCUUCCAAUACUAGACUUAAUUGUUUACCAUCUAAAUGGAUUAAUUUCCUUUUUGAACGUGUUAAGGAACAAUCAUUACAAAUUACAAGAAGAUCCGCUGGUCUACCAUUUGCUUUCAUUGGUAUUUUAACUGGUGAAUCCACUAGUCAUCUAAGAGUACAUCAUCUCCUCCACCAAGUUAUGGAAAAUCUUUUAACUCUUGCUGGCAACACCGAUGAAGCCUUUGAUUCAAAUGAACCAAAUAACAAUGUAGAAAAGAAUAUUUAUUUACCACAAGUUCACUCUAUUAAUAUUUUAAAGAGUAUCUUUAGAGCCAAAGCCAUCAUUCAAGAAUUGGAUCAAUAUUUAGCACGUACUUUAAUCACUGUUAUUAAAGCUUUUUCUUCUAAAUCAUGGUCAGUUAGAAACUCUGCCACUAUGGCUUUCAGUGUUUUAGUCGAUAGAAUCAUUGGUACUAAAAAAUUAAAAGCAGAUAACUCUAUAAUCAAUACCACUACUUUUUAUCACUUUUUCUCUAGAAUGCCAUCAGUCUAUUCAUUCUUAUUAGAUUACUUUAAGAGAUCAUUAACAUUCAUCAAAGAAAACACCUUGAUCGAAGAAGGUAAAAUCAUUCAAUCUAGUGUUUAUGCCAUUCUCGUUUUAUUCUCUAGACUCCAACCAUCAAAUAUUGAUCACCCAAAUGAUCCAUUAGCUCCAGCUGCUUUUGUACCAUUAAUUUCACAAUGUUGUCAAUUCUCAAACUAUAUGGUUCGUCAAAUUUCAGCUCGUGCACUUGUACCAUUAAUUUCAACAAUCGAAUUAAUUCCAUUUGUUAGAGAUUUACUAAAGAAAUUAAAUUUUGAAACUACCGAUAAAUCAAAUAUUAACACCAAUAAGGUACAUGGUAUUUUAUUACAAAUCUAUCAUUUAGUUAAAGGCCAUCUUCCAACCAUAAAUCCAAAAGAACGUGAACAAACCAUUUCAACUAUCGUAUCCGAAUUUAUUCCAGAGAUGCUUUGGAUCACAGAGUCUAAAACUCUUCCAUUAGGCUUUAUUUUCUAUUCUAUUUUAAUCGAAUUACAAAAAAAUAGCUCAAACCUAUUAGAAAACCAACAAGAAAUCAUCUCACCAAUCAUCGAAAAGAGCAAAUCAAUUCUUUUAACCAACAAAUUUGAUACAAAAGUAACAUGCCUCCCAAUGUUUUACACUUGGAUCGAAAGUAUUUCAGAAUUUGUUUUAGUAGACUUGAAGAGACAAUGCAAAAAUGAUACUACAGCCGAACAAAGAAAACAAUAUAACGAAAUUUUAAUGAAACUUUUCUUACAUUCAUUAUAUGAAAUUAAAAUAUUUACAAUGAAAUUCUUACUCAAGAAUCAAAAGAUAGUUAAUCAAGUCUUAGAUCAACAAGAAUUACAAAACCAAAUUAUUAGAAUCAUUUUAAAUGACCCAAAUAUAAACUGCAGAAAGAAAGCUUUCAAACUUUUAUCAUUCCUUUCACUUCCAUUAUCAAUCGAAAAUAUUGAAGGUACCAAUAAUACUCAAUCAAAUAUUAAUUUUUAUGAACUCUUAUGUAAUACUAUAUGGGGUCAAUCAAAUUCAAUGAAAAAAGAAUCCAUUAUUAUUUUUGGUCACUAUUUAAAACAAUUUUAUCAACAAAGAAUUACUGAAAAUAUUUCAUUAAACGAACAACAAAUUAAAGUUUUAGACAAUUGGGUUAAAAUGGUUAAAGAAUUCUCUCAAAUCCACCAACCAUUAGAAUUAAGACAAGCCAUUACCGAAGCUAUCGAAGCAUGUGGCGAUUUAAUCUUUACAAAACUCUCAAUCGAUAAUCAAUUGUUAUCCAAAGUUGCAAUUGAAAGUUGGUUCGCACUCUCUUUACUUAUUGAUGAUGACGAUGAACCUCUUAGAGACUUUACUGCUAUUCUUGCAUCAAGAGUUAUAUAUUUAGUUAAAAACCCAUCCUCCUCAACAAUCAAUGAUAGCGAAAUUGUAAUAAUGGAAGGUUCAAAAUGCCUCGAAGAAAUAUUUAGCAAUCUUACUUUACAAUUUUCAAACUAUAAUGACUAUAUUUUAUCAAGAUAUGUCGAUAUUUUAAAUAUUAAUAAAAAGAAUAUUUUUAAUGAAGACUUCCAAAACUCCAAAGUAUUAUUCGACAAAGAAAAAGACAAUUACUUUGAAGAGCAAUUAGUUAAAAUUCAAUUAAUAAACCAACAAAUUGAAAGAAUGGAUCAAUCUAAAACCCCAUUAAAUCACCUUAAAGAGAAAUUAAUGGAUUCACUUUUAACAUGCACCUCUUGGUUAAAGAAUACUCGUGAAUCAAACUCAACAAGCGCUCUCAGUCAUUGGUUAACCUUUAAUCAAGAUGUUUUUACAAAUUUCUACACCUAUUUAGUUACUUUAUCAUCAAUUAUUGCAAAUGAAAAUUCUAACACUGACUAUUCUGAAUUUUUAUCAAAUAUUAAAUCAAAUCUUUCAACCAUUACAAUUCAUCCAGUUUUAGUUAUGGCUUUAGAUACUUUAAUUGAAAAAAUCAAUACUAAAAACUCAAAAUUACCAAUUAAUUAUUAUUUCUUAACCUCAAAACAACAAUAA